AAACUCCACUUGUUCGGAUAAUGAUGCCUCAGAGAGUUCUUUGCCGUUUACAUCUUCACCUCAAUGUGAAUAUUGGACAAAGAGAAUGUGGAGAGACAAACACAUUGAAACAAGGAACUGUGAAUACAGAUAUAGUGAAGGGCCUAUGGAAGAAUUAUUUCAGGAUUGCCUCACAGCUACUGAUGUUUUUAUUUUCAUUUUGAAGCCAAUUGUAGAAGACAUAAUUUUCCAGAGCAAUCUUUACGCAACACAGAAGGGAAAAAUUUUAAAUCUGAAGGAACAUGAGCUGUUUGCUUUUUUGGGAAUUAAUUUAUUUAUGGGUUACCACAAGCUGCCGUCGUGGAAACACUACUGGUCUGCGUGUGAUGACCUUGGUAUUUCUAUUGUAAGGCGAUGCAUGAGUAGGGACAGGUUUGAUUUUAUUUUGAGUAAUUUACAUCUUAACGACAACACAAAAAUUCCAGAAAGAAACACUGACAAAAUGUAUAAAAUACGCCCGCCUCUGACUGCUUUGAAUAAGCAAUUUAUGUCCAUAUACAGGGUCACUAGAGAACUCAGUAUUGAUGAAUCAAUGAUUGUCUUCAAGGGAAGAAGUAGCAUAAAGCAAUAUAAUCCAUUAAAACCAAUCAAAAGAGGCUAUAAACUAUGGGCAAUUUGUGAUCAAAAAGGAUACACACUCAAUUUUGAAGUGUAUCAAGGUAGAAAUGAGACACUGGAGAAGGACUUUGAAGGGUACGGUUUAGGGGAGAGAGUAGUACUGAAAUUGUCUAAACCGUAUUGGGGUCAGUACAGAAAAUUGUACUUUGACAAUUUUUUUUUACUUCUAUUCCACUUUUGGAGAAAUUAA